UGCCGCAAAGGAGCAGCCCCUGGCAGAGGCGGUGAUGCUGGGGUGCUCUCGUUGGGGCUCUGCACCCCCCACACCAGUCGGGGAGAGAAGGAGGAGAGCUGCGUUGACCGAAGGGUUGCUGCUGGCGGUGAUUUUUCCAAGCUGGGCCUUGGCUCAGCAGCUCACCGAUUGUCCCAGAGCCUGUCAUUGUUCCGAGAACGGGACAGUGACGUGCGUCAACCAGAACCUGACUGAAGUGCCGCGGGGCUUGCCCCGUACCGUGCGGGACCUCCUCCUCUCAGGCAACUGCAUCGCUGGCCUCCAGCCUGGCACGUUCUCCCCUGAACCCCCUCUGCAGCUCAGUUACCUCAGCCUAAGCAGCAAUUGCCUGGAGUGGGUGGGGGACGAUGCUUUGGCGGGCUUGCCCAGCUUGAGGCAGGUAGACCUCAGCCACAACCGCCUUUCGUCAUUCAGCGCUGUGGCCUUUGGCAACAGCAGCAGUCCCAUAGAGGAGCUGAACUUGAGCGACUCCUUCUCCAGUACAAGCAACGUGACCCUCAUUGCUGAGCUGCUCCAUCAAAGGGUUUUUCCCAACUUGACACUCCUGGACCUGUCCAACAACCGCCUGCUUUCCCUGCCUGCGGACAUGUUCUCCUCGCUGCCCAGCCUGCGGCACCUGAACCUGCGCAACAGCUCCCUGUCAGGUUUGUAUCACGUGGACUUCUCGAACCUCCCUCAGCUACAGAGCCUCAACCUCAGUGACAAUGCCCUCAGGUGCCUGAGGAACAGCACCGUUGUUCAGCUCCGCAGGCUUCCCCACUUCAGCAGUCUUGACCUCCGCCGCAACGCUUGGGUCUGUGACUGCCGGAUCGAGGCCUUGGCGAACUGGCUCAAGGAAAGUGACCUCGUGCCGGCCAAAGAGACCCUCGGAUGCUCUUCUCCAGAUGAGAUGCGGGGCAGGCCCUUGGUGAGCCUCGACUUCACAGACGUGGACUGCCCUGUGCCGUCGGAGGACCAGACUCAGCUGCAGACGUCUUACGUCUUCCUUGGGAUAGUCUUGGCUCUCAUUGGAGCGAUUUUCCUGCUUGUUUUGUACUUGAACCGCAAAGGCAUCAAAAAGUGGAUGUACAAUAUCAGGGAUGCCUGUAGAGACCACAUGGAAGGAUAUCACUACAGCUGAACAGUCACAAGCUGCAACAAUAACCCUGUGCAUGUGAUGAAGGAAGAUAAGGUUUGGUAAGAGAAUGUUUUCGGCCCCAGGCUUGCAAGUAAACU